AUGGAGGAGCCCCCGCAGUCCCCGGGCCCUGCGCUGCCGCUGCGGACGCGGCUCAGCUUCGCGUGCGGGCACUUCCUGAACGACGCGUGCUCGGCGCUGUGGUUCACUUACCUGCUGCCCUUCAUGCACUCCGUGCUGGGCUACGGGCACGGCGCGGCCGGCGGGCUGCUCCUCGCCGGGCAGGUGGCCGACGGGCUCUGCACACCCCUGCUCGGCUUCGAGGCCGACCGGGCCCACGGCUGCGGCCGCUGCGGGCGCAGGAAGGGCUGGCACCUGGCCGGCACCACUUGUGUCCUCGUGUCCUUUCCCUUUGUCUUCAGCCCCUGCUUGGCCUGCAGGGAGAGCACUCCACAGUGGGCGGCCUUCAUCUACUACCUCCCCUUCAUCGUCAUCUUCCAGUUUGGCUGGGCAGCCACCCAGGUGUCCCACCUGGCCCUCAUCCCCGAGCUGGUGAGCAGUGACCAUGGGAAGGUGGAGCUCACAGCUUUCAGGUAUGCCUUCACUGUCAUGGCCAACAUCACUGUGUACGGCCUGACCUGGCUCCUGCUGAACUUCCAGAUGGACCAGCCUGACCACAUGGAGCACCUGGGCCCACAGGACAUCCCUGUGUUUCGGAACUUGGCACUCAUCGUGGUAGGCCUGGGGGCCGUGUUUUCCCUCAUCUUCCACCUGGGCACCAAGGAGAAGCCAUACCCACCAGGGGUGCUGCCUGAGCCAGAGGAGAGCACUCCACUACUGCACAAGGAGCCCCAGGGCCCCCCGCGCCCACUGCUGCUCUGGAAAGACUGGCUGCUGGAGCCCUCCUUUUACCAGGUCGCGGUGCUCUACAUGGCCACCCGCCUCAUCGUCAACCUCUCCCAGACCUACAUUGCCAUGUACCUCACCAACUCGCUGCUGCUCUCCAAGAAGUACAUUGCUACCAUUCCCCUAGUGAUGUACGUCAGUGGGUUCCUCUCCUCAUUCCUCAUGAAGCCUGUGAACAAAUGGAUUGGUCGGAAUCUGACUUACUUUGUGGGCAUCCUGGUGGUCCUGGCCUUCGCCUCCUGGGUGGCCCUGGCCAGGCCAAUAGGAGAUGAGAUCUACGGGCUGGCAGUGCUGCUGGGGGCCGGUUCAGCCACAAUUCUGGUCACGUCCCUGUCUAUGACUGCAGAUCUCAUUGGCACCAAUACGCACAGCAGUGCGUUUGUCUACGGUGCCAUGAGCUUCACGGACAAGAUGGCCAAUGGCCUGGCUGUUAUGAUGAUCCAGAACCUGCAUCCCUGCCCGACUGAGCUGUGCUGCCCUGCCUGUGUCGGUUUCUACCACUGGGUGAUGGUGCUGGUCACUGGCGGCAUCGCCGUUGCUGCUGUCGCCAUGCUGUGCUGCAUCAUGGUGUGGCCUGUCCAGAUCCGCUACCAUGGCCCCAGUGGGGCAACAGUGGGAGCCCUGUCAUCACUGGGCUGGCUGCGGCCAAGCUUGCAGGGGAACCCUCUUGGUGCUGUCAGCCUGCAGGGGCUGAGCAGCGCAAGGACCCCUGAAAGUGGCACUGGGAGCACGGAGGGAGAGAGCCAGAGCAGCAUCAUCAACUGAGCGGGACUGUGUCCUUGGCCACCGUGUCCUCAGGGCUGUGUCCUCAGGCACCGCGUCCUUGGCCACCGCGGUGCCACACAGAGUCUGCAGGGUCCCCUGCACUGGGGACCACUGGGCUCUGGGGAGGGGGGUGACCCCCCACCCUAUCUCCUUGCACUGGACUGGUAUUCCCAUCCCGGACUCAUGUCCCCAUCCCGAACUCGCGUGUUCCAGACCCCACCCCACCGGGCCGAUGAAGGCUGUCCCUGGUGCCGUGCAGGGUCACCUGUCACCUCUCACCUGCACAAUGAACACUAGAAGGGCCUAGGCCAGGCCGGAGCAGCCCCAGAAGAGGGGAGCUCCCGGACCGAGGUUUUAACCUGCUUUUGUAAGGUCAAUACGUACCAA